AUGGAGAUAUCUACUGCUCUAAUGAUUCUUUCAGCCAUCACAGCUUACUUCUUAUGGCUCACAUUCAUAUCUCGUUGUCUUAAAGGUCCACGUGUCUGGCCCUUAGUUGGCAGUCUCCCUGGUCUAAUCGAGAACUGCGAGAGAAUGCACGACUGGAUCUCCGACAACCUUCUCGCUUGCUCCGGUACGUAUCAGACAUGCAUCUGCGCUAUCCCCUUUCUAGCGAAGAAACAAGGUCUAGUAACGGUGACGUGCGACCCAAGAAACCUCGAGCACAUUCUCAAGACCCGCUUUGAUAACUACCCUAAAGGUCCAACGUGGCAAGCCGUUUUUCACGAUCUUCUAGGUCAAGGGAUCUUCAACUCCGAUGGUGACACGUGGCUUUUCCAACGUAAAACCGCCGCUUUGGAGUUCACAACAAGGACUCUCCGUCAAGCCAUGGCUCGUUGGGUUAACCGAGCUAUCAAGCUUAGGUUUUUACCUAUUCUUGACACCGCCCGGCUCGACUCCGAGCCGAUCGAUCUUCAAGAUUUGCUUCUUCGGCUUACGUUUGAUAAUAUCUGCGGGUUGACUUUCGGUAAAGACCCGCGAACUUGCGCACCGGGUCUCCCGGUCAACACGUUCUCCGUGGCUUUUGACCGAGCCACGGAGGCGUCUCUACAACGGUUUAUACUACCGGAGAUUUUAUGGAAGUUUAAAAGAUUGGUCGGACUCGGCUUAGAAGUCAGCUUAACUCGAAGCUUAGUCCAAGUAGACAACUACUUGUCCGAAAUCAUUAAAACACGUAAGCAAGAUCUAACUAAUAAGCCCAAUAACGAUGCGGCGGCCCAACACGACGAUCUCUUAUCGCGUUUCAUUAAAAAAAAGGAAUCCUACUCCGACGAAGUCCUCCAGCGCGUGGCGCUCAACUUCAUACUCGCGGGCCGUGACACGUCAUCAGUCGCGUUAAGCUGGUUCUUCUGGCUGAUCACGCAGAACCCCACCGUAGAGGAUAAAAUCCUCCGCGAGAUCUGCACCGUCCUUAUCGAGACACGUGGCGAUGACGUGGCGUUAUGGAUCGACGAGCCGCUCGCCUGCGAGGAGCUCGAUCGGUUGGUUUACCUCAAGGCGGC